GGCGCUUACAACGACCACCUCCCUCCACACUACAAGCAACUGCGUAACAUCGCUAGCAUAUAGUAGGCCGUACCCGCGGUGUUGCACCUCAGUUUUUUCCACUCUGACUGAGUUUAUCGUUUUUCUCUCGCAGUUUGUCUCUCACAGCUUCUAACGUCUGUUACUCGUAUUAUCCUGUUCACGAAUCACCAAUGGCAACUUGUGCCUCUGCCCCAUUUGACCAUGCUCAAGCAGACGUUAUUUUACGAUCGGCUGAUGGAGUUGAGUUCCGAGUCUUCAAGCUCUUCCUUUCCCUUGCCUCUCCGUUCUUCGAGACAUUGUUUAGCCUCCCUCAGGCGCCUGAUGGGGCUACCGAUCAAGAGAUGAAGGAUGACCUAGCAGUCAUCGCCGUGUCUGAGGACAGCAAAACACUAGAUUCCUUUCUCAGGUUUUGCUAUCCAUCGACGCUGGCAGAUGAUCCUUCCCUCGAGAACCUGACAGAUGUCCUGUCUAUGCUCGCAGCUGCGAGGAAGUAUUCGCUAGACCUGAUCGAGAAAAAAGUGUGUCAGGCUCUGGCGAAUCCGAAGGUUCUCGAGACGGAGCCCAUUCGCUGUUUCACAGUCGCCCGUAACGCACGGCUCACGCAAGAAACAAUCACCGCUGCCAGACACACCUUACGUCAGCCCUUAAUUCCUGCACAGUUCUCAGAGAUCGGGCUUAUCACCGCAUCCGAACUUCUUGCCCUACUAACAUACCAUAAAAAUUGCAGUACCGCCGUACAACCUUUAACGAAGGACUUCAAAUGGUUGACGGAUCAUUAUGGGAGUUACAAUGGCUGCGCUUGGCUAUUUGGCCCAUACUGCAACGGGUCCUGUCGCUGUGGACAAGUUACCGACAAGAGGUUUUCGUUCUGGGGUAUCCAUACAGUUACAUGGUGGGUGACGUAUAUGCAGGAGUUAUCCGAGCUGUUGAUGGAUAGACCGUCUGGCGACACUGUGAGGACAGCAGCGGAAAGGACAAUCCAAACGGUUAGAAGCACAGGCUGUGCCGCUUGCUCUAGCAUCGUGAAGGAGAACAUGACGGAGCUAAGUAACUUGCUUGCUCUGAAAGUCGACGAGGCAGCCGCCGCGAUCGAGCUGGAGAUGGACUUUUGACAGACCUCAUCAGUAAGGCAAUGCACAAUAUAUGACAAAACGCUUUCUAAAUGCCGCAUCAGGCAGAUGGCGUCCAUGAAUCUAUGUACCCAAGAACCCCUGUACUGUGUCCACGAUGACUCUUCUCACAGAAAGAGUUAGAUAUGUCACUCUCGAUUGAAUUGUACUUACCCAUGUAUCAACAGCCAACGCUCAUGUGCGCGCGGCGGUGUAUAAUUGAAACAGUUCAAUUGAAUCUUUUCAGAGCACUGCUGAGUUUCUCGUGCAUAGAACUAAGUUUACAUCAUCCUCUUCGUGCUUCUCGACCUGGUAGUCCCGGGUCAAUUUACUCGGUCAAGUGG